UAAAUAUAAAACAUGUCUUAAAAUAUGAUAUUAAAUAAUAACAAUGAUAUAAUAAUAAAAAAAAAAUAUUCAAAAUUUUAUAAAAAAAAAAAAAACGUAAUAAUAUCGGAGUAAUUAAAAUAAAAAACCAGAAGUUUAUUUGAAAUUUUAAAUAAUUUAAAAAUUAAUAACUUGACAAUGAAUUUAAAAUAAACAAUAAUUCAAAAAAAAAUACAAGUGUUCUGCUGAAUUUAUUUAUUAGAUAACAACAAUAAGUUAUAUAUUUAACAAUAACAUAUUAUUUAUUAUGAUUGAUAAACGUGUUUGCUGUUACUUGUUUUUGUUAAUAUUUUUCGAAUCCGCACUUCUUACACGACCGUCUUUUCAUGGUCAUAAUAAUGCUUUUGUUCAAGAUGAGAAUGACGUCCAAUAUUUAUUGGAUAAUAUUCCAAUAUCGAUGCAUAAGGAAUUUACUAACUCCGUGCAUGGAUCUGGAGAAGUGGACGACAAAUUACCAGAUUCGCUUCCUUACAUUAAAUUCGAGCCCCACAUCCUCGACUUCAAAGAAAGACAACUUGGAGUACCGCAUCAAGAAACAGUGACGCUGAUAAAUAACGACCAGAACCGAACGAUCCACUUGACAUCAAUAUCAGGAAGUACGCAACACUUCCACUCUUCAUUUUUCCAGGACAAAGUGAUCCCGCCAUUGGGGAACACGAGCUUCAAUGUCGUGUUCUUAGGCCGGGAGGAAGGGGAAAUUGACAGCCAUCUUCUGAUCCAUACUUCUGACGGGACCCUUAAGUACCACGUGAAAGGCCUAAGUGUCAGCUCCCCCUACCGGUUGCGUCCCGUCAUCGGCGCGAAGUUGCCCCUGAACGCUUCAUUCACGCCCCUAAUUUACAUGCACAACCCGCACAGCGAAACGAUCCAAGUAGUUGAGGUCUACAGCAGUGGCGGGGAAUUCCAACUGGAAUUACCCACCGGUGAGGCCGAAGGUCCGCGCGAGUUAUGGGAAAUUCCCGCCUACCAAACGAAGCCAGUGAUCCGGUUGCACUUCAAUGCAUACAUGGAAAAAAAUCACACUGCGUUCGUUAGAUUCAAAAUGAACAAUAGCGCAGAGGUAAUGGUCGUUGCUGUGGAAAUAGAAGUGGGAAAUGGCGCGGGAAUCCACUGGGCUGGACAGAGCGCGUGGAUUAAUUUCGGAGUCGGGGGAUCGUUGCAGUCGCCGCUAAAUUACCCGAUAGUGCUUCGGAAUUCGGCGAAAAAACCCGUUCGCGUGUUGAAUGUCAUCAGCACUCCGAUAUCUAAGGCGUUGAAGAUAAAUUUUGAGCCAGUGACCAUUCCCCCGGACGCGGAAAAUCCCGUCACGGUGGGAACGCUGACGUACGACUGGAAAAAUGCAUUAGACCUCAAGCAUUUAAGAGGAAAACUGGUGAUAAAAAGCCUCGGUCCUGGCGGAUCUAAUCAGAAAAUAUCCAUCCCCUGGACUGCGGAAGUUAUUCAGGGAGGGCUUGAACUCAACGCGACUGUAACUCAUUACUGCGCCCCCUAUUCUCACGAGCCGCGUAAUUUCAGUGUAGUAAAUCGGUUCAGUGUUCCUCUGGCCAUAACCAACGUAACACUGGCUCCCUCUGCGCGUGCGUUGUUCAAACUGAGUAACUUUAGCCCGCGAAUUUUAAAACCGGGUGAAAAACUAACGCUUUUUACGCUGACGCUUCAAAAAAAUAGCAAAGAUGACGACAAAUUAGAGUCUUCUGUUUACAUUUACUCGAAUGUCACGACCACGGUCGUUCCUCUGCUGAUUUACAACGGCAAGGUUAAUAAAAUAAUACCCGUCGAGUACGACGACGACCAGCAGCGCGGGGUCAUGAAUUUCGGGACCGUCAGCAGCGGGACCGAAAACGAGGCGGUCUUCGCAUUAGAAAAUAAGAACCCAGUAAACAUCGAACUCCACGGCUGGGGUGUCAAUAUGCCCGGAGCAGUCCUAGAGUUGAUGGGCUGCCAGUUUGGGCCGACGGAACUCUUCAACAAAGGGCUCCGUAACAUAACCGCGUGCGCAGUAAGCGGCAGUCAAAAUAUAAAGCCCAAUUACUUGGCGAUUUUCAAAAUAAAGGUCAAAACACCAACAGUCGAGGAAGACACCAUCGUAGGCGACGUAUUUGUGCGCACGACCUACGAGAGGUUGACGAUUCCCGUUUACAUGCGAGUGGCCCAUGGCAAAAUUACGCUGAAGCGCCUGACCUUCACUGACUGUUUUCCCGGAUCAGUUUGCACGCAUGCGUUAAAAAUUCACUCAUCUUUCGGGCGGCCAAUGCGCGUCCUCUCAAUCGGACCGACAAAUAAAGACGCGAGGGUCCACUACCUGCCUCUGGAGCAGACGACCAUCAUUAGCAAGGGCGAGAACAAUGUCGGGACCAUAGUAAUCGACACCGCCAUCACUUGCAAGCAGAAUUGCUACCUAGGGCUCUCGCUGAACACCACGACGGGGAACCAGUGGCUGCAGACAAUGAGUCUGCCAUCCCACGCACGGGAUCUUGAUCUAAAUCUCCUGACCGCUCGGUACAAUCGGUACCUCAACACCUCUAGCAAUGACACGAUUGAUAACAUCACCAUGAAGCUGGAAACUACUGAAGUGAGAGGCUACAAGUUUAAUAUCAACGUCCGCCCGAACUGGCCCUCGCUGAUUUUCGGCGAAAGCCAUUCGGGCAGCAAACAAACGACCAAUAAGAGCGUAGUGAGCUUUCCGCUGACCCAAGUGGGCAACACGACCUACAAAACCCUUAGAAUUUAUAACCCCAGUACCAAAGUUGUCGUGGUCCAGUUGGUAAUGGACUGGCUGUACCCCCAAGGGCAGCGACUUUACCAUUUGCUGCCCGGGAGAUUCAAAACGCCUUGCAAUGACUGCACGGCUUCAGACGAUUUCAAAUUAGCUGACGACAGCGAACUCUGUGAGGAAGAACGCAGAAAGUUUGAAGCCACCUGGAAUAUUGUUGUAAAAAAGCACUCAGUGGCGCUGGUGCUGCAGCCCAAUGCCACGCGUAUCAUUAAGAUUUCCUACACACCAAAAUCGUCAGGUCUGACGACUGGAUUACUGUUUAUACGUAAUAAUUUAACUGUUUUAGAGGUGGUCCGUUUUGUAGGCCGCGGUGGUUACGCGCAGUUUAAAUUUGGAAACCGGAAACCCAACUCGCCUACGCCGUUGCUCUUUGAGUUGUCCGACAAGCAUCUGAGAGACUGUGAGCGCGAGCGCUUGCGCAAGAACCCAGUUCCCAAUUUGACUGUAAAGCGAUCGUUUACUGCCCGAAAUACCGGAGAACUCCCAAUAAAUAUCUAUGGGUUUUACAUAAACGGGCUUGAGUGCGUGGGCUAUGGGUUCAAAGUUCUCAAUUGCGAAUCCUUUGUCCUGCAUCCCAAUGCGACGCGUAAAAUAGACAUUGCCUUUACCCCCGACUUCACGCUCGCGCGUAUCGAACGCCAGCUCAUGAUCUCCACCAGUUUGGGGACUGAUCUAGAUGAAAAAAACAAUUUGACCCGUGGAAUGGUCAAACUGACCCUUCUUACAACCGUUCCCAUGCACAGUCUCGAGUUGUGUUCGCGGGUCAUUAUCCGGCCAUCUUGGGAACGUCCGGUUCAAUGGGCCGCCAUUAGUCUGUCUUGUAUUCUGCUGAUCUGCGUUCUCGCGAUUUCGUUUUUGGAAGCCGACAGGAUUCUGCGCAAUGCGCUGAUCACUAUGUCGCGAAAUAAUACAGGGGUCGUUCAGCCUCCGUUAGAUCUAAGAUCUUUGGCGGUCGCUAGGGAGAAAGACGACAAAAUGGCGGGUAAGAAACGGGAAGAGCCCGACUGGUCGCUCAUGAACGUUCCUAAGAAAAAAGACAAGGAUCUUAAGGACCUCAAAGAGGUUAAGGACAAAGACAGAGAGCGUAACUCGAAUUUCAAGAUCCCUGAUUGGUCUGCAGAAGAGGAGAGACGGUUCAAGAUGGACAUGCAGAUGAAAGAUGAAAAAAUGAUGCUGUUAGAUGAGGACGAGGUUGUUGUGAAAAAAAUAAAGAAGAAGGACGAAAAAAGUCCAAAGUCUCUGAAGGAGGACAAGCGCAAGCACAAUAGUAACAAUAGUAAUAAUAAUAGUAGUAACCAUAACAAUAGUAAUAGUAACAGUAGCAAUAGUACGUACAAAAAAUAUGAAACUAGUCAAAAAAUAUCUUACUCGGAGGAAGAAACUUCUUCGACAACAACCGAAAGCUCUUUGCAAGACGACGCGUUGAGCAAAGAACCGAACCCGCCAAAAGUUGAGAAGGUCGGUAAGAAAGUUCCCGCUAAAAAGACCGUCAGCAAGAGCGCAGUGACCAGGGCACCGGAACGGGCUCAGGUCCAGGUUCAGAUCCAGGACUUCAGGGACAACUACGAGGGGGACUGUGACGACGACGACUAUUUCUACGAACAAAAUGGCGCCGUUAAUGGCAACGGAACCUGCAAGGAACGGGAAAAUGUUAACAAAUGGCGGACGAACACGAAUAAAGGCAAGAGAGAGGUCAAGAACGCGGUGAUGGACAAGCAGGUGAAGAAGGUCGUGCCUAAGAAGGACAAGAUGACUCAGAAACGUCGGAAUGACAAGACGAAGGUCAACUUGAUUGAUAACAAAGAUGUCGGGGGAGGUAAGACGGCUGUUCAGGCGACGGUCGUUGCGCCUCCGCCGCCAUGUUGGGGCGAGAAUAGGGCCAAGUUUAGUGAUGUCGUUGCACGCAGCACUGAGUGCGCAUAUCCACGGGUAGAUAAGCCACCGAUUAAUAUUAAGGGCAAGAUGGAGGAUAAGAAAGACAAGAGGUCGGACUAUUUUGAUGUUAAAUUCAAUGGGUCGGGUCAUGUACCGUCACAUGGGCAGGUUCAUAUUCAUGCGCAGAAGCAAGCAGACGCUUUGGCACUUGCGCACAAACAAACUGAAGCACUGGCACAUGCGCAGAAACCAAUGGGACCGCUUACUCAUGCGCAGACCUUUAAAUCUAGGUUAGGAAGGGAGGAAAACAAUCUGAGUUCGAUAUUGAACACGCCGUCUAAUAGUUACUUUAUAAACACAUUUGAGACGAAUUAUGAACCGGAACUGGUUCCGUAUGACGAUUUGCCGGAAACGGAUGAGCCGCUUGUGGAAUUGGAGAGCCUGGAAGAGGACACUAGGGCCGGGUUGUGGACCGACAAGAGUCCGAUGAUGGGGCUGCUGGACGCAAACUACGCAGGCCUGGAACCAGUUAAGGCGGACAAGUUGGGCAACGGGAUCGAGGACUCGUUGAAAGACAACUGGCUCACUGUCGAGACCAAUUGGGAGCCGCUUUACACUCGGGGGGCGGUGGGGGAAGAACGCAGUGGGGUCUGGGGGGUCAAUACCGGGGGGGUUUGGGCUGCGGCUCCUUGGGGUGCGCCGACGCCACCUAGUGGACAAAUCAACACUACGGAGCAGGAUGUUCAGGAACGUUCUGGUUUUGAUCCCUUCAGAUCGCUCAGUACAAUUUGGACACCAAAUACAAGUUGGGAUACGAAAAAAGAAUAAUUAUAUUAUUUAUUAUUUGUUUAAUUGUGUUUUGUUUUUAAAUAAAAAAUAAGUAAGCGUUUAUGUGAUAAGAUUCAUUUGAUAUGAUUGUAUCGAGCUGGUUGUGAUACUCGAGGGUUAAUGUCAUUUUUUUUUUUUUUAAUUAUUUAAUGCGAUUUAUGUAAUCGUACACUUGUUAAUUUAUUAUUGAAAUAAAUUUUAAAAAUUGGUCGAGUGAAAUAAUUCAAUUGUUGCAUACUCGCAUUCGUUUUAAAUUUUUGAUUGGAUUGGAGUUUGUAAAAAAAAAAAUCACUACACUUUGUAAGUUUGGAAAAUAGAAAAUUUUCAAUUGCAAUUGAUAAAAAAAAAAAUAAAAAAAAAUUUUGAUGAUAAU